UUGUCCCUUGUCGCACGCCGUACACUUGUCACUGAAAGUUGCUGCUACCAGCUGGUCGGAGAGGAGUCAAUUACUGUAAUUAUACAGAAAUCUGGAAUAUAAUCAGCCCAUUAGUUGGCUGCGGCUGAGGAAGUGCUUUGUUGAUCACCUCUACGUGUGUCAACAUGGUAAACGUCCACAAAGGAGUCCUUGUUGAAUGCGAUCCUGCCAUGAAACAGUUCCUCCUCUACCUCGACGAAACGAUGGCUUUGGGAAAGAAGUUCAUCUUAAAAGAUCUUGAUGACACGCAUGUUUUCAUCCUGGCAGAGGUGGUUCAAAUCCUGCAGGAAAGAGUCGGCGAGUUAAUGGACCAGAAUUCAUUCCCCAUCACACAAAAAUAACAAUCUAUAGAAAAAAUAAAACUCCUGUACUAUGGA